AUGAGCCCUGAAGAUGACCGCAUCUCGUCUUCGCCAUGGCCACACACAUCCUACAUUGAAGGCAAAUCGGCACCCACGACACCGAGCAUCCUCGGUCGCAGCUCGAGUAGACGACAGCUCGGCGGUGCCGGUUUGACUCGCAAGCUGUCUAUUCAUGAUGCCGAGUAUGAUCCUGUUCUAGUGACAUCCCACGGUGUCCCUCGGAGUGCUCUACGUCCAGACGCAGAAGACAACCUUUUGCCCAAGGCGAAGAGCGAGGCUGCCCUGAAUCAGCGGCCCACUCGUGCCGGUCUACCCAAGCUACGCACGCCUCUACUCCAUCCGCUCUCUGCCUCACUUGCCGUACAGCCACAUGAUAAACAAAAUGACAAUGACUGGUUUACUCGGGCAGGCUUAGCCACUACAUCUAUGCUGCGUGAAUCUAAGGGACAAUCAUGGCUAGCCUCGCGACAUUCGUCAACAUCAUUGCAGCUCGUGCAAUCCUCCGACGACGAAGAAGACGCCUUGACUAGCAAGAGUGCUAUCUCGUUACAACGCCUCCAUUUUGCCGACGAUGAGUUCAGUCCCGAGACACCGCGUGCAACUAGCCGGUGGGGAAGCAGAUUUGGCAGUCGCGCUGCAAGUGCUCGCAACAGUCGUCGCGGCAGCAGAGUUGGCCUGGAUUCACCCCAACUCCAUCGUGAUCCUUCCGACUACUUUGGAAGUGCUGCCGUGGUGCCCGAGAUCUCUGUGAAACCCGACUUUGUCGACCCACGAGACAACUCUGAUGAUGAAGAUCCCGAGCAAGAAGUUGCUAGACUGGCUAGAGAAGCUUCGUUUGGUUUCGGCCCGCUCAUUGAUCGUCUUGUAGGCUGGACAUUGUUCGAUGUCACAGAAGAUAGAGAGGCUACCGAUGUCGAGACUGAGACCGAAGACGAAACCCCUACCUUGCACGAGAGAGUCGUGCAUAUACCUGUGCGACCGUCUCCUCCAAGACCCAGACAAGCCGUUGCCGGAGCAGAUCGGCAGGACGAUCCUGAAGAAGGUGGUUGGAAAGAUGCAGCAUGGUUGCUUGGUGUUGCUUCGAAAGUCUUACUUUGA